AUGACUGCUAUCUUGAAAGCUUCGUUGAUGCUUCCUAUUGCUGAAGGUAUUUCGGAGUUGAAGUGGCAAUGGUUCGAAAAGCCACGGACGCUAAGCGAUAUCAGCACCUUCGAUUCAGCGAGCCGUGGUCCCUGGGGAUCUUUCUUGUUUCUCUUCAGUAUUAGACGAAGUGUUCUGGCCAGCUGUGGAGCGAUAAUUACGAUAUGUGCUCUGGCCAUCGACCCCUUCUCGCAGCAGGUUCUGAAAUAUCAAAACUGCCUGGAACCAAACACUGCUGCAAUGGCGCAGAUCCCACGUACCAACGCUUACAGUGCACGAGGGUUACGUGCGGGCGCGGGUGUUACUGUUCUCGACACUACCAUGACGCUGUCAAUUUACAAUGGGAUUUUGGCACCACUUACAAAUGCUUCCUCUCUUGUGGCGACCUCAUGUCCGUCAGGAAAUUGCACCUUCAGCGCAGAUGCUGGUUCAUCAUACUCGUCCAUUGCUAUAUGCCAACGGUCCGAGGACAUCUCGCGCUACAUACAAAACAAUACAUCGCUCAUGAGAGCAGAAAAUUACUCCCUUCCAAGUGGUCCGACUAUUGGAAACAGGUAUGUACUGAGCUCAAACGUCAUUGAUUACCGCUACUCCGAGGACUUGGCUAUUUAUCAGAGUCCGGAGGAUGAAUAUCUCAAAGAUAUGCUGUUCACGACCGAAUUUCUGAUGUUACGAAACUUCACUCAGCCUAUCGCAUAUCGGUCUUCGUUGUAUCCCUGCAUCAAGACCUGGGGUGGGAACAUAACGCUUGGCGAGCUUGUAGAAAUUGAAACUGCUAGCGUGCCAGCAGAAUUCGUGGACGGAUAUGUUAGUCAAGUCGCAAAAGAAACCUUGCGCAACGGAUCUCGGCAGGCUUGCCAACCAACAACUCAGGAAACCGACAUCAAUGUGAUCUCUGUCAAAGCUCACAGCAGAUCGUAUGCCGACUCGCCAAUAAAUGUCACCAGCGUAAGCAAUAUUCCGAACGACACAAUACUCUGGUAUCCACCUGACUGCAUCUGGAAAUUCGAUGCCACAUCAGCCAAUGCUAAUACAGAGUUCCUACGUACCCUGUUUCUGUUCAAUAACGUUAGCCGUGCAGAUCGCGGCGGCGCAGUCUUGGGUGACCUCUGGCUGCUCAAUAUAUGGGCCAAUGGGCUUGCAAACAUGAGCAGCGUAAAUGAUUACAUGGACAACCUGGCAGCGCACAUGACAGCAACUAUCCGCUCUCGCGGCGACGAAACGACACUACCCUACACCAACUACGCAAGUGGUAUAGUUCUGGAGAACCAGACUUGUAUUCAUCGACCAUCGUGUCAACGUCUGCACGACGACACGAGAGCUAUGCACAUGCAUCACUGA